AGGUUUCAGACGGGCCGUGCAGUAGAUCAGUAACCAUGUUGACCGCACUUGUUCUGUUGUGUCUAGGAGCCUUUAUUCUGUACUUGCGUUUCAGAAUUCGACGACCUAAAAACUUCCCCCCUGGACCCACCCCUGUUCCAUUUUUUGGAAAUUUGCUUCAACUGGACCGAACAAACCCGUUAAAGGACUUCGACAAGUUUGCUCAGCGCUAUGGGUCAAUCUACGGGCUGUUCAUUGGCAGCCAGCCAGCAGUGUUGUUGACAGGUCAGAAAAUGAUCAGGGAGGCACUGAUCACACAAGCGGUGGAGUUUGCUGGCAGACCAGACAACAUGAUGGUCAGUCAUAUAACAAAUCGCAAAGGGGUGAUCAUGGCAAAUUAUGGAGAAAGUUGGCGGGAACAUCGACGCUUUGCUCUGACCACACUAAGGGACUUUGGCCUUGGAAAGAGAAGUAUGGAGCAGAGGAUUCUAGAGGAGGUCAAAUAUAUCUGCUCACAUUUGGAGGAAUCUGCUGGAAAGUCAAUUGAUCCUGAACAUCUGUACCACCAAGCUGCUUCAAACAUCAUUGCCUCAAUCAUUUUUGGGUCACGUUUCAAUUAUCAGGAUGAAUAUUUCCAGAUACUGAUCACAAGCAUCAAAAAACUUACUAAGAUUGUCAUUGGACAAUGGGCGAUGCUUUACGAAAUAGCCCCAGUGUUAAGGAUUUUCCCACUGCCAUUCUGCAAGGCUUUUCAGUAUUAUGGAGAAAUUAAAAAUCACAUUCUUAAAGUUGUGGAUGAGCACAAGAAGUCACGUGUUACUGGGGAGCCCAGAGACCUGAUUGACUGUUACCUGGAGGAGCUAGAGAAAAGAGCAGAUCAACGCACCACAUUUGACGACUCACAGAUGGCCACUUUGCUGUUUGACCUGUUUGGGGCUGGAACUGAUACAACCUCAAACACACUCCACACUUUAACUCUCUAUUUGAUGACUCACACUCAUAUACAGGAACAAUGCCAGCGGGAGAUUGACGAAGUGCUUGGUGAUCGUGAACAUGUCACAUUUGAGGACAGAAACGCCAUGCCUUACGUUCAAGCAGUGAUUCAUGAGGGUCAGCGUGUUGGGGACAUUGCUCCUCUUAGCAUGUUUCACACCGCUACAACCAACACUCAGCUCCGGGGCUACAACAUCCCAAAGGGGACAAUUAUCAUCCCUUAUCUGUCAUCUGCUCUCAGAGAAAGAAGUCAGUGGAAGUUUCCCCAUGAAUUCAACCCUCAAAACUUCUUGAAUGAUAAGGGGGACUUUGUGAAGCCCGAUGCAUUCAUGCCCUUCUCUGCAGGAUCUCGUGUGUGUUUAGGAGAAAAUCUAGCUCGCAUGGAGCUCUUUCUCAUCCUGGUCACAGUGCUGCGGCGGUUCCGUCUGGUCUGGCCGGAGGAUGCAGGAGAACCGGACUUCAAACUUAUAUAUGGUGGGACACAGUCAGUGAAACCUUACCGUCUGACUGUACAACUACGUACACCUGGGGGGACUUGUAAACCUGUUUACUGAACAUACGUUGCCCUUUAGGGACAACAUCCCCCAAAAGUGGGUUAUGAUGUUCACACACCUCUCUCUAUACGCAGGGUAAACAGUGGCAUCUGCUAUUAAACAGAUGCUUAACUAUUUUUCGCUUUUUAGCAAAAGUGAAACAAUUAUGACACACAAGACACUAAAUAUAAUUAAGUUGUAUAAAAUAACAGCCUAUAAUGCACAUGUGAAAACUGGCAAAGAGAAUUAUGAAAAAUACCUUUGCCCUAAUUUCUUAAACUGUUUUUUUAAUGUGUUUGCUUAUUUACUGAACAUCUACAGGAAGUUACAAAACAUACCAAAAUACAAAAUCGCAGACAAAAAAAUCAAAUUACAGAGAUUGUAGCUUUUGUGCCAACUAGCCCCAGUCUCUUAUAUGCAUUAAAUGUGUUAAUGGUCAAAAUUU